AAAGAAUUGGUGGAGCUUCACUUGAAACUGAUGAGAAAGAUUGGGAAGUCUGUCACAGCAGACAGAUGGGAAAAAUAUUUGAUCAAGAUAUGCCAAGAAUUCAACAGCACUUGGGCUUGGGAGAUGGAAAAAAAAGGAUACCUAGAAAUGAGUGUUGAAUGCAAACUGGGGAUUCUGAAGUAUCUCUGUGAAUGUCAGUUUGAUGACAAUCUAAAGUUCAAGAAUAUAAUUAACGAGGAGGAUGCCGAUGCCAUGCGUCUUCAGCCCAUUGGUCGAGACAAGGAUGGUCUGAUGUAUUGGUAUCAGCUGGAUCAAGAGCAUAAUGUCAGGAUGUACAUAGAAGAACAGGAUGACCAGGAUGGAUCCACGUGGAAGUGCAUUGUUAGAAACCGCAAUGAGCUUGCUGAGACCCUUGAGCUCUUGAAAGCACAAAUUGAUCCUGCCCUGUUGAAAACCAACAAUUCUCAGCAGGAGAAUUCAUCACGUGAAAGCCCAAGCAUAGAAGAUGAAGAAACCAAAAAGGGUGAAGAAGCAUCUACACAAGAAAAUCAAUUAAAAAUCAAAGAAGAAAAAGAGGAGGUGGAGGAACAGUCAAUGGAACCGGAAAGCCUUCCUCUUCCUGAGGUCAAAGAAGAUGAAAAUACGCUGAAAAUUGAGAAAGUGGAAGAAAAAGAAAUUAUAAAAUUGCCAGUAAUAGUAAAAUUAGAGAAACCUUCAGAACACAAUGAAGAAAAGCAAACUGUCAAAGAAGAAAGUGACUCCUUUAAAGAAAAUGUCAAGCCUGUUAAAGUAGAGGUGAAGGAAAACAAAGUAGAACCAAAAGACUUAAAAGAAGUAAAAAGUUGUACGGACAAAAUAGCAGUUCAUGAGCCAGAGAGGUUAGAAUUUUGUGUUAAUGUCAAAACUCCCCAGGAAAUUGUGGAGAAAUCCGUGGAAGAAAGUGAGAAACUUAAAAAUGACCAGCAAGCAAAAAUACCGCUUAAAAAGCGAGAGAUCAAGCUGACGGAUGACUAUGACAGUCCAAUAAAGGGGCCCCUGUGUAAAUGUGUUACUCCGACAAAGGAUGUCUUGAAGGAAGAAGGGAAACCAGAAGAAGAAGCUUUUAAGAGAGUCCCUACAAUUACUGCUUUAUGUCCUGAUGGGAAAGUGCUAGUAAAUGGAGAGGUUAGCUGUGAAAAAAUAACCCCAAGUGUCAUACAAAAUAAUAAGUCAGAACACUCCGCUAGCACAAAGGAAGACAGCAGCUUGUUAAAAGAGAAAAAUGGAAAAAGUGGGGAAAAGGUAUCAGACUCUGUUAGUAAAAUUAUAAAAGCGUGUGAGGUUGAGAAAAAUGCAGUAACUGUGGUGAAAGAGACAGGGGCUGUGGUCUCUGAGGUUUCUAAUCAGAAAGUGCCUUUAAAGGAGGAAUCUAGUCCUGCGGAAAAAGAGUCCCUUGACAGCACGACUACUGAAAUGGUAGAGGAAGAGUCUUCGAACUCUGAAGACUGUGCCAAAACAACCGAAGAAACACAAGCCAUGAAAAUCAAAAAGGACAGACUACCGCCACCCAAAGAAUGUUUAGAGAAGCUAGAGAAGUCCACAAAUGCAUCUGCUCCUGCAGAACUGCCCAAGCUUGCACCGUCUGACGAAGAGACUUUGAAAAGUAAAGGUGAGUCUGAGGAGAAACCUGAUUCUCCAAAAGCUGCUGAGACGCCCCCUCCAUCUACUUCUCCUGUGACUUUAGAGAAACCUGUUUUGGAAGAGGAGGGCUCUGAUAAUAAAAUGGCUCUACCCGAGGAGAGCAAAGUAGAAGAAAAACCCAGCCCUGAAAAACAAGAGGAAGAGCCGGAAGCUGCCAAGGCAGAGCCAGAUUCGUUAGGUGAUGCCCAUGCUUCUAAUCUAGAGGACUCCUCAGAGAGUAAAAAGGAAUCUCCGCUACCUAAAAGCAAAUUUAAAUAUAAGCUAGUUUCUGAAGAAGAAAGCUGUGCAACAGAUAACAAAGAAAUAACUUCUGAAAGACAGAAAGAAGGAAUUAAAUUAACAAUCAGGAUCUCCAGUCGGAAGAGAAAGACAGAACCACCGCCAGAAGAGGUCAGCAUUGGCCGCACGUUAAGGCGAUCUCCAAGAAUAUCCAAGCCUACUCCAAAAGUUGUGGAGACUCGGGAUCAGAAACCUGACAAAAAACGACCUGAAGAGGAAGAGGAGAAACCUGCAGCAGCACAAAAACCAGAACGAAAAGAAGAUGCAAAAAAACAAGAGAAGGAGUCAAAUUCUAAGGUUAACAAGAGAAGCAAAGUUCGGUGGACGGGUACGCGAACACGCGGCAGGUGGAAAUACUCAAGUAAUGAAGAAAGUGAGGACUCAGAGAGUGAAAAAAACUCUGAUGAUGAUGAGGAAGAUGAAGAAGAGGAGGAAGAAGAAGCUGCACCUGCUGAUGACGAUGAGCCAUGCAAGAAGUGCGGCCUUCCCAAUCACCCCGAGCUGAUUUUGUUGUGUGACUCGUGUGACAGUGGAUACCACACCGCCUGCCUUCGCCCUCCUUUGAUGAUAAUCCCCGACGGAGAGUGGUUCUGCCCACCUUGCCAGCACAAAUUGCUGUGUGAGAAAUUAGAAGAACAAUUACAAGAUCUGGAUGUUGUCUUAAAAAAGAAGGAGCGUGCAGAGCGCAGAAAAGAGCGAUUGGUGUAUGUGGGUAUCAGUAUUGAGAACAUCAUUCCACCGCAGGAGCCAGAAAUACCUGAAGGUCAGGAAGAGAAGAAGAAAGAUUCCAAAAAGCCAAAAUCAAAGCUGCUUGAAAGGAGGUCUACCAGAACCCGAAAGUGCAUAAGCUACAGGUUUGAUGAAUUUGAUGAGGCAAUUGAUGAGGCAAUUGAAGAUGAUAUCAAGGAGGCUGAUGGAGGAGGCAUUGGCAGAGGCAAAGACAUGUCUAAUAUCACAGGUCAUCGUGGAAAAGACAUUUCCACAAUCCUCGAGGAAGAAAGGAAAGAAAACAAACGACCACAAAGGGCUGCUGCAGCACGACGCAAGAAACGACGGCGACUAAAUGACUUGGACAGUGACAGUAAUUUGGAUGAAGAAGAGAGUGAGGAUGAAUUCAAGAUCAGUGACGGAUCUCAGGACGAGUUUGUUAUAUCUGAGGAAAAUCUGGAUGAAAGUGAAGAUGACCCACCGUCAAACGAAGACAGCGAUUCAGAAUUCUGUGCCCGCAUAUCCAGGCGACACCUCUCCAGGCCCAUGAGGCAAAGCAGGCGGUUACGAAGGAAAACAGUCAAGAAAAAAUAUUCUGAAGAUGACGAAGAUGAAGAUUCUGAGGACAAUUCAAGCAGAGAAUCUGAGAGUGGUGAUUACACAGAUUACAGCGAUGAUGAUUACCUGGAAACUAGGAGGAGAAGAUCAAGACGGAAUCAGAAGAGACAAGUUAAUUAUAAAGAAGAUUCAGAAAGUGAUGGCUCACAGAAAAGUGUCCGAUAUGGGAAGGAGUUAAGAAGAGUUCAUAAACGCAGGCUCUCCACUUCAGAUAGUGAAGAGAGCUACACAUCUAAGAACUCUGAAGAUGAUGAAUCCACAAAGGAGUCAAAGCGAUUGAUUCGAAAACGUCGGCGAAGUACAGACGACUACUCUGAGGAAGAAGGAGAGGAUGAGGAAGAUGAAGGGAGGCCUGUCCGCAAGCGGCUCAAUCGAAUCGAAACAGAUGACGAAGACAACUGCGAAAAUGCUAACGAUGACGCAGAAAACCCCGCUCCUGCAAAUAAGCUGCCAGCACCACAAGCUCCUCAAGACAACACCAAGAAGCACUGCUACCGGAUAGAAAGCGAUGACGAAGAUGACUUUGAUAACNNAGGGAAAGUAGAGAGCCCUUUGGACUACAGCCUGGUGGACUUGCCUUCCACCAACGGACAGAGCCCAGGUAAAACCAUUGAGAACUUGAUUGGCAAGCCGAGCGAGAAGACCCAGGCCCCCAAGGACAGCACAGCCAGCGCCAGCCUGGCGCCCAACGGGACGGGGAGCGGGCAGGAAGCUGUAGGGCCGGAGGAAGAUGAAGACGAACUUUUGAGAGUGACUGACCUUGUUGAUUACGUCUGUAACAGUGAACAGUUAUAAGACUUCCAUUUUUGUGCUAAUUUAUUCCACGGUAGCUCAUACCAGCGGGCCAGUUAUUAAAAGCUGUUUUAUUUUUCCUAGAAAAUUCUCCACUACAGUAUCACUUUUUAGAAGCAAGAAUUUCACCAGUCCUGCAGUCUUUCUGUGAAGUGACCAGUUUUGAACUUUGAAGAUGAAUUGCUGUAAAUUCCCUCUCUUAACUCCCCUUCUCCUUCCAAGUCCAUGGUCCUGGGUAAUUUCACUCACAAAAACCUUAUAACAACAAGAGAUUUGUAUAUUUUUGACUUUAUAUUUCCUGAGUGCAUACAAAUUUGUGGAAAUGGGUGGCCUAAGAAAGCAUUCCAAAUCGGUCAGGGCCCAAACCGGAACUGGGGUGGGUUUGGCUCAAGGGGUUGGGGGGGGGGAUGCAGAAGCACUUGUGCUUUAGCUUUUUCAUAUGAGAUAUAUAUUAUAUUUAAAUGUUCACAACUUAGAUUACAACUUAACAGACAGUUAAAAAGAAAAUUAAUGUCUGUACUGUCGCAUUUUGUGAGUUGUAGGUUAACAUACCAUAGCUCAUUUUUAGUAAUCACCUUCAUGGAAGCAGUUUGAUUUUAAUACUGGAGGCAAACAGAAUUAUUAGAGGCCAAGAAGGUACCAUAAACAAGGACUCUACUAUCCAUUAUGACUUGCAGACUUUCCUAAUAAACAUCCUUUAAAGUGUUUGUACAGUAAAGUGUACUGUAAUGAAGUUUUUGACAGUCGAAACACGCUAGCCAUGAAUUUCUAAAGCUAUCUCAUGCAUAGUUCAUC